AUGACCCUAAAGGAUAUUUACUCUCUCCUUGCAGCUGUUAGAGAUCUAAACCAUCUUAUACACAAAGUACAACUUACACGGUGCUACAAGUUCGGAGGGUUCUGUCACUAUAAAAUUUGUCCUGGUAAUUCCAGGUUUAUAAGUACCUGUCACCCAGAGACUCUCCUCUGUUGCAAGAACAUAAAAAGACUUUAA